CCUUUAGAUAUCCGCCAUUUUGUUUUUAUUUCUCAUGAUAGAGUCGUUGAAGGUGCAUCGAGGUGGAAUUUUUUACAUCCUGAGAAACAAAACACUGGACAAAGCUUAAUCCUAAAUUAUCCAUCGAAAACUUAUUUUCUAUUUGAAACACUAACAACAGUGAAUAAGAAUGUCUCACGGUGGUGGUAGAAACGAAUGCAGAAUAUACGUUGGCAAUUUGCCACCAGAUAUAAGGACCAAGGAUAUACAGGACUUGUUCUAUAAAUUUGGUAAAGUAACUUUCGUGGACUUGAAAAAUCGCAGGGGACCACCAUUCGCAUUCGUCGAGUUCGACGAUCCGAGGGAUGCUGAGGAUGCUGUGCACGCCAGGGAUGGGUAUGAUUAUGAUGGAUACAGGCUGAGGGUCGAGUUCCCCAGAGGUGGAGGUCCGAGCAAUAAUUUUAGAGGUGGACGAGGUGCUGGGGAUAGUGGACGUGGUGGACGGGGGGAUGUGGGGAACUCCAGGGGACGGGGACCUCCGGCCAGAAGAUCUCAGUACAGAGUUCUGGUCACUGGGCUGCCACCCUCUGGUAGCUGGCAGGACCUCAAGGACCACAUGAGAGAGGCUGGUGAUGUCUGCUUUGCGGAUGUUUAUAAGGAUGGCACUGGCGUUGUCGAGUUCCUCCGGUAUGAAGACAUGAAGUAUGCUGUCAAGAAACUCGAUGAUUCCAGAUUCAGAUCACACGAGGGAGAAGUUGCCUACAUUAGAGUGAAAGAGGACCACACAACAGGUGAGCGUGGACGCAGUGAGGAUCGUGAGAGAGGAGGUGGUCGCAGUCGUUCUCGCAGCUACAGUCCGCGUCGUCGUGGCUCACCAACGUAUUCACCACUGCGACGUAACUACUCGCGCUCACGAUCACGCUCGAGGUCUCGUUCUUACGACUAAGUGUGUACGUAUAUACCCAUAUAUGUCUCACAUUUGAUAACAAUAACCGAAAGUUCACACGUUGAUUUGCUUUUGACACGAUUUCAUGAUUUUCUAACUUGAAAAGAAAAAAAAACCGAUAAACUGCUGAAGAUAUUAAACUUAUUGCUUAACUUUCCAAUCCAAAAAUUGAGACAGACUGGCAAUUAAGUAACACCAAUUUGAUAUUUUUAUUACUGAAAUCAUCAAUCUCUGUUUUUUUUUUCAUCGCGAACAUGUAUGAGUGACGAAAGGAAUAGAUAGAUAUUUUUUUAAGGCAGAGUUCGAGUGGUUUUCAUUCUAAUUGUGCCAGAUUGAUUAUCCAUGGGUGGGAUAUUCCCAGAUCGUUCAUGAAUUAUUUCUCCCAUUUCUCGGGUGAUUUUGUACAUUGUAGUUAAACAUUCCGUUCUGGCUUUUUGUUUUUUUCUUACGAAAACGAUUAUUUCAUACUAAAAAUUAAUAUAAUGAGCUCAAUAAUCAUGAAACUGUCGAUUCGAUUAGAACCCAGGUCAAAACUCAUCAACAAUCGCGUUUACAAUUUUUCAAAUAUUCUUCCCCAUGAGAAUUUAAACAGAGUACUGCACUUUUUCAAUUAAAUAUUAAACACGAAACGUAGAUGCAAGAGAACAAGAACUGCGAAUUGAGUGGCCUUGAUAAAAAAAAAGUGUCGUUGAAAAAUUUAUUUUCAGUCUGAUGCUUGACAAUUGCGUUAUCCAUCCUACUUCUCAGACACUUGAUUCAAACAAUAGAAAAAUUAAUGAAUUCCGUAGUCACAAACGCAAGCUAACAGAUUAUUUUGUCAGAAAAAAUAAUAAAAACGAACGAAUUGUAGAUCAUAAAUAUCCUAUAAGCGUACAAAAUUCAA